AGUUGAGACUCUUUAGGGCAAUAUGUUGCCACUCCGAGGUGAACUCUGUGCAAUUCUCCUCUUGACUUGUGCCACCCUCCUCAAUGGAGCUUACUGGAUGGGUGGUACUUCACCCACAAGUGAAAUUCACAAGUGCACCAGUGAUUUUGUGGUGAAUCAGAAGAAAAUCUAUGCACUCUUCCGGCACAUCUUCUCACCCACCUGGAACCCCGUGCUAACACGUACCGCUAAGGAGUUUAACGUAACGGAUAUGACACGGUACAAGGAUGAGAAGUUUCCAAAAGUGGUAAUGGACUUUGGGAAGAGUAUGAUGAAGGGACGAAUAAAGCCCGUAGCAAAGACAUAUCCAUUUGUCUAUCAUCUCGAACCGUGUGUGAGGGAAUUCCACACGACACUUGGAUUUUACAAGCACAUAAAAGAUUUCGAUGGUGUCCUCGAGAGUGCUGCGUGGUUGAGAAAUAUCACCAAUGAAGAGUCAUUUAUGUAUUCACUCCUUACUUAUCUGAUACACCACGCUGAGGAGGAGUUCCUCCUUCCGCCACCGUAUGAAAUUAAUCCUUACAAGUUCUUCCGAGACGACGUCAUUAGGACGGCUCAUUUGGCAAAAAUGUCGAGCUGCGAUGGUGCUAAUUUCGCAGAUGAGAAUGGUAUCAUGGUUAAAUACAUUGACUACGAUGGCCCAGUGAGUGAUGGGUGGGAAGGCGAUUUGGCGUACUUCCGAGAGGAUAUUGACUUGAAUGCAUACUACUACUUGUUCAAAUUGUCCUUUGAAUCAUCCUUGGAAGAGGAAUACUUUGAGAAUACAACCCGCGGGGAGAUUUUCCUCUAUGAGCAUCAGCAACUUCUGGCCCGAUACAAUUUGGAACGUUUUGCAUUGGAUUUUGAUCCUGUUGAAGCGAUUCCGUUGUUCGAGGAAACCAUGUCAGGCUACUACCCACUCAUGUCGCAUGCCAAUGGCUUCCCACUGAUUCCUAGGCCAUACUUCUAUGAAGAAAUACUGGAGGAUAGUACAAAAAUGGAUGUAAUUCGAGAGGAACAAGGAAUGCUCCAACUAAUCGAUUUGGGAGGAAUUUGGCAUCCAGGUGGUAAAUUAGACUUCAAACGUCCGGGAGGACUAAAUUUCCUUGGAAGUAUGAUUGAAGGGAAUACCGAAAACAAGAGCAAUUUCCCCAAAUUCUGGCCACUAUUGCUGAAGUUAGUAUCAGGGCCUAAGCGCUAUCGUACAAGAAAGGAUCAAAUGGACUUUUCCAAUGUCUUUGAUCAUCACGAAACUCAACUCAGGGAUCCAGCAUACUUCCAGGCCAUACAGAGAGUCAUGAAUCUAAUUAGACGGCACCAAGAUCACCUCCCGCCUUAUGACUUUGAAGCAAAAUUCAUUGAUGUUGUGGAUGUAAAAGUGAGCGAACUGCAGACGAUGUUCGAGAAACGAAGUGUUGACAUCUCCAAUGCAGUCGCAAUGGAGCCAGUGCAUGAUGUUGAUGCAGAGGAAUGGUUGAGAGAUGAAGAUGUGCGAUUUAAAGUGAAUCUCAAGGUGUUGACACACAUUCCAUUCUACUACGAUCUCAAGGUGCAUGCCGAUAAUCCCACAGAUGCCGUCGUACGUGUCUUCCUAGGUCCCAAUGAUGCGGGGGCGGAGAGAAUUGAUUUGUACAAUUGGGAUGAGAAUCGUCAGAAUUUCUUCCAAAUUGACUACUACCCAGUUAAGCUGCAUCGUGGUGACAAUAAGAUCACGCGCAAGAGUACAACAUUUACGGGAUUUGGGAGUGGAUUUAAAUCCUUCGAAGAGAUGUCUUCAAUGGAUGAUGAUGAGAGCUUCACUGUCUCCAGUAGACAAUCAUUCUGUGCCUUCCCUGAACGUCUCAUGCUACCCAAGUCCACAACUGGUGGUGAAGACUUUGUUUUGUACUUCGUUGUUACCCCAACUGAAGUUGAUGUUAAUGAAAUUGAACCAACGAGGCUGUGUGCUGUUGGAAAACCUUCUCGCUGGGCAGACAACUGGCCGAUGGGUUUUCCAUUUGAUCGGAAAAUUAACAAUGAAGACUUCCUCGUGAAGAAUAGUGCUGCCAAGAGGGUGACAAUCUAUCAUAGCGAAGAAUGAUGUGAAUAUUUCGCAAUUUGGUGGUGGGAGAGUGUGGUUUUUUUUUUCAAUUGAACUCUUGUGGGAAAUUGGGUUUAAAUAGCCGUGGGGACACUUAACCCCGUUUGUAUGAUGCGGAGACCCUUUUGCACUUUGUUAUUUUCGCUCAAUAAUAAUAAAUAUGGUAAUUAAUCAAAUAAAGUACACCGACUAUUGCACAA